AUGAACCUAUGUCAGACGCUCAAUAACGCAAUGGAUAUAGCUAUGGAGAAAGAUCCAACGGCUUGUGUAUUAGGCGAAGAUGUCGCGUUUGGUGGCGUGUUUAGAUGUACAGUUGGGCUUAGAGAUAAAUACGGUGCGGAUCGUGUAUUUAACACUCCGUUAUGUGAACAAGGAAUUGCGGGGUUUGGUAUCGGUUUGGCAGUUGCCGGAGCGACAGCAAUAGCUGAAAUUCAGUUUGGUGAUUACAUUUUUCCAGCGUUUGAUCAAUUCGUUAAUGAAGCGGCAAAAUAUCGUUAUCGAAGCGGGAAUAUGUUCAACUGUGGGAAAGUGACGUUUCGUACUGCCUGUGGAGCUGUCGGCCAUGGAGGAUUGUAUCAUUCCCAAAGCCCCGAAGGCUAUUUUGCACAUGCAUCAGGCCUCAGGAUUGUCUAUCCUCGAGGUCCUAUAAUGGCUAAAGGUCUCUUACUUUCUUGUGUCAGAGACGAUAAUCCAUGUCUGUUCUUGGAACCAAAGGUUUUAUAUCGUUUGGGAUCAGAAGAGGUGCCAGUUGCUGAUUACACUAUACCUUUAUCAAAAGCAGAAGUCGUCAGAGAAGGGAAAGAUUUGACAAUGGUUGCUUGGGGAACACAGGUUCAUGUUCUUUUAGAAGCAGCUGAAAUGGCCAAAGAAAAGUUAGGUGUGGAAUGCGAGGUUAUAGACUUAAGAACGAUUCUUCCAUGGGACAUUGAUACAGUUGCUACGAGUGUGUGUAAAACCGGAAAAUUGAUUGUUUCGCAUGAAGCUCCUCAGACUCAAGGGUUUGGAGGCGAGAUUUCAUCAACUAUCCAGGAACAGUGUUUCUUAAAUUUAGAGGCUCCUAUUACACGUAUUUGCGGUUGGGACACACCAUUUCCACAUGUUUAUGAGCCGUUUUAUAUCCCUUCAAAAUGGAGAGUUUUUGAUGCAAUUAAAAAACUUUCUCAUUAUUAA